AUGGCAGCCGCCGGCGAUGCCGGCCUCGACGUGGCGGCGGUGGAAAGUUUCCUAGAGAGGCACCCGGAGCUGGUGGAGAAGUGGCUGCGGAGGAAGAACUCUCUCCCUAAAGCGCCCGCCGUCCCCGCCGGCCCGUCGGAGGAGCGGCGGAGCGGCGACGGCCCCGGCGGCAGCUGGGGGAGCGCGGGCGGCCCCGGCGGUCCCGGCUCCGGUCCCGGGGGGCUGCAGCGCCGAGCGUCCCAGAAGGAGCUGCGGAAGAGCUUCGCCCGCUCCAAGGCGAUCCACGUCAACCUCACCUACGACGAGCAUGUGCACGCCCGGGCGCAGGAGCCGCUGAGCAGCGUGCGGCGGCGGGCGCUGCUGCGGAAGGCCAGCUCCUUGCCCCCCACCACCGCCCACAUCCUCAGCGCCCUGCUGGAGUCCCGCGUCAGCCUGCCCCAGUACCCCCCCACCGCCCUGGACUACAAGCGCUACCUCAAGGAGCACAACGAGCGCCAGUUCUUCCUGGAACUGGUCAAGGACAUCUCCAAUGACCUGGACCUCACCAGCCUCAGCUACAAGAUCCUCAUCUUCGUCUGCCUCAUGGUGGACGCGGACCGGGGAUCCCUGUUCCUCGUGGAAGGGACCUCCGCCGGCAAGAAAACCCUGGUGUCCAAGUUCUUCGACGUGCACGCCGGCACCCCGCUGCUGCCCUGCGGCUCCACCGAGGACAGCAACGAGGUGCAGGUGCCCUGGGGCAAGGGCAUCAUCGGCUACGUGGCGGAGCACGGAGAGACGGUCAACAUUCCCGACGCCUAUCAGGAUCGACGCUUUAAUGAUGAGAUUGACAAACUGACUGGAUACAAGACAAAGUCACUCUUGUGCAUGCCCAUAAGAAACAGUGAUGGAGAGAUUAUUGGUGUUGCCCAAGCAAUAAAUAAGACUCCAGGAGGUGCCCCUUUUUCUGAUGAUGAUGAAAAGGUGAUGCAGAUGUACCUCCCCUUCUGUGGGAUUGCCAUAUCCAAUGCCCAGCUGUUUGCAGCUUCAAGAAAGGAGUAUGACAGAAGCAGGGCUUUACUGGAAGUAGUGAAUGACCUCUUUGAGGAGCAGACUGACUUGGAGAAAAUUGUCAAGAAAAUUAUGCAUCGGGCGCAGACCCUACUGAAGUGUGAACGGUGCUCAGUAUUACUUCUGGAAGAUAUUGAAUCACCAGUGGUGAAAUUUACAAGAUCCUUUGAAUUGUUAUCUCCAAAAUGCAGUGCUGAUACUGACAACAGUUUCAAAGACAGCGUGGAAAAAUCAUCGUCUUAUUCUGACUGGUUAAUAAAUAACAGCAUUGCUGAACUCGUCGCUUCCACAGGUCUCCCAGUGAACAUCAGUGAUGCCUAUCAGGAUCCUCGCUUUGAUGCUGAGGCUGACCAAAUUUCUGGCUUUCACAUAAGAUCUGUUCUGUGUGUUCCUAUAUGGAACAGCACCCACCAAAUAAUUGGGGUAGCUCAAGUAUUGAACAGGCUUGAUGGGAAAUCCUUUGAUGAUGCUGACCAGCGACUGUUUGAAGCUUUUGUUAUUUUCUGUGGCCUGGGUAUCAACAACACAAUUAUGUAUGACCAAGUGAAGAAAUCCUGGGCAAAACAGUCUGUGGCUCUUGACGUGCUGUCUUAUCAUGCAACAUGUUCGAAGGCAGAAGUUGAUAAAUUCAAGGCAGCAAACAUCCCUCUGGUGUCAGAGCUUGGCAUUGACGAUAUCCAUUUUGACGACUUCUCGCUCGAUGUGGAUGCCAUGAUUACUGCAGCCCUGCGGAUGUUCAUGGAACUUGGAAUGGUUCAGAAAUUUAAAAUUGACUACGAGACGCUGUGUAGGUGGCUUUUGACAGUGCGGAAGAACUAUCGAAUGGUUUUGUAUCACAACUGGAGGCACGCUUUCAAUGUCUGCCAGCUGAUGUUUGCCAUGUUAACUACCGCAGGAUUUCAGGAGAUUCUAACUGAAAUUGAAAUUUUAGCUUUGAUUGUGGGAUGCUUAUGUCACGACCUUGACCACAGGGGAACCAACAAUGCCUUCCAAGCCAAGAGUGGAUCAGCCUUAGCUCAGCUCUACGGCACCUCUGCUACCUUGGAGCACCACCAUUUCAAUCAUGCUGUCAUGAUUCUCCAAAGUGAGGGUCACAACAUCUUUGCUAACUUGUCCUCUAAGGACUACAGUGACCUUAUGCAGCUUCUAAAGCAAUCGAUAUUGGCAACAGACCUCACUCUGUAUUUUGAGAGAAGGACAGAGUUUUUUGAACUUGUCAGUAAAGGUGGUUAUGAUUGGAAUAUGGAAAACCACCGAGAAAUAUUUCGAUCAAUGCUAAUGACAGCCUGUGACCUUGGAGCUGUGACCAAACCGUGGGAGAUUUCAAGACAGGCAACUGAGCUGGUAACCAGUGAGUUCUUUGAACAAGGAGACAGAGAAAGAUCUGAACUCAAACUCACCCCUUCAGCCAUUUUUGAUCGGAACAGGAAGCAUGAACUACCCAGGUUGCAGCUUGAGUGGAUUGAUAGCAUCUGCAUGCCAUUGUAUGAGUGUCUAGUGAAGCUGAAUGUGAAACUGAAGCCUAUGCUGGACUCCGUGGCAGUAAACAGAGGUAAAUGGGAGGAGCUGCACCAAAAAAGACUUCCUUCUCAGGCGGCAUCCUUGUCCUCCUUUUCCUCUAGCUUCACCAUGUCUCUCAAAGACAUAAAUUAAGCCUGCAAAUAUCAGUGUCAUUUUACAAUAAGAGCUGUCUGAAAGGUUUUCAUAAGCUUAUACCCACCAUUUUUUAAGAAAUGCUUUCCCAGACAUGCUUAAUUGAUGGGAUAUUAUCUUGAUGGAAGCAUACUUUGCUUUUCCUGGAAGGCUUAGUGGGACUGAACAGAAGCCUGCAGCAGGAUUGCACUGGUAUCUGGAGCGACAUGGAGCACUGAACAGAAGAAGCGUUCAUUCAGCUCCACUACAUUUCAACUGCUGCUGUAAAAAUCUGUAAAGCUGACAACAGACUGCAAUAUAAGAACUCGCAGCUUAAUAAAAUUAAUAAUACAGAGCAAGACUGGGAUGCAAGCUGGCCAAUUCAUAUGCAAGGAGCUGCAGAAAACAAAUAGUGCGUAAUUACAUUGUUGUUUUGCAUCUCUUCAGUACAUGUUAUGAAUCAAUUAUGCCUGCUUUUGUGAUGCUCCUCUCUUACUCUCCCUCCUCUUUUAUGCCUGAAUGUUCUGAAAAGCCUGCUUUGUAUUCUGAAGAAGUAUUUUUUUACAACAAAGCUUCUUAGUGAUUGAUCAGGGCCUUUAGAAUUGCCUACCUUUGCUACAUUUAAAACCAAACUUUAUUAUCUUUAAAAACACCAAGCUGUCCUUUCUUCCAUGUGAAAUUCAUAUUAACAGUGCAGCAAAUUUUUCAGCAAGAGGAAGUUUGCAUAAAGGCAAAAUAUUGCAUGGUAAUUUUAGAGUGGGGUUUUUUUUUUCCUUUUAAAAAAUGCUCUUGUAACACAUUCAUUUUUAAAAAAAUACAUAGUAUUGCUUAAGGAAAAGAUUUUUUUUUUUUUUCGAAAAUAGAAAUACAAAUAAAAAAGGAAAUCUGUUGCUUUGUGCUUCAGGUUUAUACUACAUUGAAAAGCAGACCAUAGAUAAGCCUUUCUAGUAUAAUUUCCAGUUGAAAUUAGUAUUUUGAAGUGGUGGAGAGGUAGAAUAUCAUCACACUGGACCAACUACCCCUUACCCUCUCGCAGUUCUUUCAGUACAAUUUCAAAUGCUAUUACUGCAGGUAGCACAGCACUAAUCAAGGCUCACAAGCAUCUGUGGUAAAGGUGUUCCUGAAAAUCUAACCAAAUAUGAUGGGUCACAAAACCAAACAUGUCUCUGUGUGAUGACCCUAGCAUUACCAGAAAGUUGGUCUCCUUCCCUUAGUGCCAUGAUCACGAAUGCAGCAAACCUGCGAUCUGUGAUUCUCUGCUGCAUGACCAGACACAAGAGAGUCAUGUUGCAGUGCUUGUG